GGUGAUAGUAUGAUGAGUUACUGCAACAACGGAGGCGGGGGGAACGGCAACGUGGGGAACGGCGGCUCGCCGCCCCCUCAAAUCCCGUGCUCGAGCUCGGCCACCCCACCAGUGGCGGCGGGAACCUCCCCCACCGGCGGCGAGGAGGACGACAUCUGGCGUGGCCACAGCAUAGCCGCUCUUCGGAGACGAGCCUCGGAGUUGAACGCCGCCAUUCCUUCUUAUCUGCAGAUCAACUACGACACGCACAAUAACGCCCCUGUAUAUUAAUUGUGGACUUUUCGUUCCUUCAAUGUAGGUACAGUGCGGGCAAUGGAUCUUUACACGUGCGUCACCAAAUCGUGCAUCCGACAAAGCAGUGUUGCCGCUACCAUAUUCUAAAAAGGUACUGGAUGGCGAAUAAAACGUACAUGAUUCAAUAUAAAAGUAUUGAAAAAGCGAAUCCAUGAGUAAUUAAUAUUUUUUGUAUACAUGUACCAUUUCUUAAUUUAUAUUCAAUUUUAAACCAGAGUUUAGCUGUUACAACAAAUAAUUGAUGAAAUUGUAUGAAUUUAGAAUGAAUACUAUACUGUCAAACGAAGAUAAUACGGCAUCAUUUGUCGAAUUUAGGUUUCGACUCAUGUUUGUAUCCAUAUAACGAGUAUAAACUACCAUCCAAACGAAAACUAUCCUGAUCAAACGUAAACUCAAUUGUUUUGUCUCCGUUAUUCACUCGUAGAAGAAAAGGGUGCUAUAUAAAAAUAUGGUUUCACCGCGCCAGGUAUUGAUGACGAAUGUGUAAUGAUUCUUUGCCCCAAGUGUAAGGAAUUUGUGUAGAACUGAAAGUGGAUUACGAAAUGUGCGCGUGUUUUUUCAUUUAUUGUUGUUAACUAUUUUUUAGGUGGUGUUUAUUUUGGAACCCAGUGACUUAGGUGAAAUAAGGAUGUCAAACUUGAAAAUUUGAGUUGUUUUGUUUUGUCGCUAUAUAGGGUAUCUCAUUCAAACAUCCGUAAUCAAAUCACUAAUUAAAACCUAAACAAAGAUUUCAUGAAAUUAUUUCUCAAGAUGUAUGGGAUAUAUCUUGUCGAAACCUUUUUCAAGAAAUGAAAUAAGACAUUUCCUUGUUGUUUUUAACAUGGUUCAUUCGAUUACUUCAACUACUUCCGUGUAUACGAUGUAAAAUAAAAUCUGUACAAAUUGUAACUUGUUCGUCAAAUAGGGUAACUUUAAAUUUUUUGAUUGAAUUAAAUGUACUUAGAUUGUAGAAAAUAUAAUAUAUAAUGUACUUACUGUAUACGUCAAAUGACUACAGGAUAAUAUCAGCAAUAUGAUAAUACAAUAAUAGGUUUUCCUUAUUAUUUUGAUCGGACUGAAUAUUUUUCGUGUAUAUGCAAGAUCCUGGCUUCAUUGCAAAUAGCAGAUUAUAUUUUUUUUCAGUUUUAUUCGUAACUAUUUUCGUAGGCACUUUCUACACUUUCAUAUUUUCACUUCCGUUAUGCAACAAAAACGCAUUUCUUUCCUCUUUUAUCAAACACAUAAAUAAAUGUGUGUUUUGUAAACAAAGAAAUAUUAAUGUUUUGUUGAAAAUAUUGGAUUUGCUGAUAUUAGUCUUCAUUGGAAAACUUUGUUACUAUAUUUCAUUCAUAUGAUAUGUACCUACUGACUAAUACUUGAGAAGAAAUUUUUGUUUAUAAUUAUUUGCUGACACGAAAUGUAGAUGAAAAGAAAUUAUUUUUUGUUGAAAGAAAUGUAUAACACAUUAUUUGUUUAUGAACAUGUUUUGUGAAAUGUAUUAUUAAAAAUGUUAUAUGAAUGUCA